AUGGUAUCCAGGAUUUCGUCUUUGACAACGUCCAGUCCUCCAACAUCUUCCCAUUUAACGUCUGGAAUUCUUGGAGCUCCGAUCAGAUCACUGAACUUGUUUCUUGCACUGUUGAUGGCUUUCUCGAAAUCUUCUGACCCAAGCUUCACCUUCCCUCCGUCAAAUGCGAGGACUUGCUCCCACGGAAUGGAAAGAUCCACUGACAAAUCUUCAAGUCUAUCGAUGGCUGUUUUCUUCGCAUUUUCAACUAUCGACAUCAGAUCGUUGGCUGUCAGUCCUGCACUCUGGAGAGACAAUGUGUCUAAAGAAACGUCUUGA